AUGAUCGCGGUUAAGUCGUCUCUUCCGAGCGAAAGAAUUGUUGUUCCUGGCACGGAACAUGUUGAGGUUGUAUUUGUCAAGCUCAACCUCCCAACUGGAAUCAUAUAUUUGGCGUGUGUUUACAUACCUUCGGGUUCAACGAUCGACAAGUAUAAUUCUUAUGCCGAUGCUCUGCGUCGUUUCUUCGACUUUAUCCGUUGUGGUGUCAAUGAUUCCAUUUUUGUGAUGGGCGACUUCAAUAUGACGGAUGUUGUCUGGUCUCCAGAUGCUGAAAUGAGAUAUGCGCUGCUACCUGGAGCUGUUAAUUCGAGUGGCGAUAGCGACGUUAUUUACUCGCUCCUACGCGCUGGCCUAUCGCAGGUCAACAGUGUCAAGAACAAGUCUGGCAGUUUUUUGGAUUUGGUUUUCACAUCUGAUCCGUCGAAUGUUCUUGUGCGCAAAGCUGAUAUUCCGUUAAGCAAAGUGGACCGUGAUUAUCACUACCCGAUCGAAUGUACUUUCGAUAUCCCUGGACUCGAUGACGUUCUACCGGAGAGUGAAGCGCUUUAUUACGAUUACAAGAAUGCUGAUUUUCACGGUCUCAGUUGCUUUUUCGCCAACGCGGACUGGGAAAGAGCCUUUUCCCAUGGUGCGAGUGUUGAUGAUGCUGUGGAAGCAUUCGACGCUGUCUUUCGAGAAGGAUGUGAACGGUUUGUGCCAAGGCUGGUGAAGAGGUCAACCAAUCGUCCUCCGUGGUAUACUGAUGCCAUUUCUAAUUUGAAGAACAGGAUGAACAGGGCGUUUAAGCGGUUUAAGAAUUUUUCUAGUUCGAGCGUCCCUCCGCCUGAGUUGAAGUUAAAGUUCUUAGCUUUGAGGAAGGAAUUCCAAGAGAAGCAGAGCCAUGCUUAUGAUGCUUAUAUUCGUAGGCUCCAGUUCGAUCUUACUGAAGACCCGCGGAAAUUCUGGAAAUUUGUUGACUCUAAGAAAAAGACUAAGGGCCUCCCUGCCUCAAUGUUUUUGGGCGAUGAAAAGGCUGAGGGUCCUGAAGGCGUCUGUGCUCUCUUCAGUCGGUUCUUUCGAUCAGUUUACGUUCCAGACGAGAGUCCGUCAUCGGCUUUUGGUGUUAACAAGAUGGAGGAAGUGUACAGUUACGUACUAACUGAUUCGGAAGUCCUCGCAGCUCUUCGAGGUAUUGAUGUGUGUAAGGGAAACGGACCUGAUGACGUGUCACCGCUAGUGAUUAAAAAUUGUGCGGAGUCACUACUUUCUCCUCUUUCUCGCAUUUUCAACUUUUCCCUUGGCUCGAGUGUAUUUCCGGCUCGAUGGAAGUCGUCUUAUUUGACACCGAUUCACAAGAGCGGCUCUAGGAGCGAUGUUUCAAAUUAUAGGGGUAUUGCCAUACUUGCUACCCUAGGUAAGCUGUUUGAAUCUUUAGUUUGCAAACGAAUGGCUGAUGACUUGAGCCAUAAGGUUUCCAUUAAGCAGCAUGGGUUUCUGAAGGGUCGCUCCACCACCACUAAUCUUUUGGAGUUUGUUACCAGGGCGCUUCAUGUCAUUGAGUCUAAGUCACAAGUUGAUGCUGUGUAUACCGAUAUUCAGAAAGCUUUUGACCAGGUCCGUCACAGCUUCCUUAUUCAAAAGCUUGGUGAAUUGGGGAUCCAACCGUGCCUGUUGAACUGGAUUGAGUCUUAUCUACGUCGCCGUUUCCAAUUCGUCAGAGUAAUGGGUCAUGUGUCAGAGUCAUUUGAAGUCACUUCAGGGCUUCCUCAAGGUAGCCAUCUUGGACCCCUUUUGUUCAUUCUGUACUUUGACGAUGUUACGAAAAUCCUCGUGAAAGCCGACUGUGGAGUUUUUGCUGACGAUCUUAAACUCUACCAUGCGGUGAGUUCCCUCGCUGAUGCCGUUGACCUCCAGAAGGACAUAGAUGCUUUCGAAGCAUGGUGUCAUGAGAAUCGUAUGGCUGUAAACGUGUCAAAGUGCAAGGUUAUGUCCUUCUAUAGGGUUUUGGAGCCCGUCGAUUUUGCUUACUCAAUUGGAGGUGCUGUUUUGACCAGGGUUUCUCAGAUGGUGGAUUUAGGUGUCUUGCUGGACACUCAACUUACUUUCAAGCCUCACGUUGGCGUUAAGGUUGCCAAAGCUUAUUCCAUGCUUGGUUUUCUUAAGCGACUGUGUGCCGAAUUUGCGGAUGUGAGGUGUCUCACCAGCCUCUAUAGCGCCCAUGUCCGGAGUCACCUCGAAUACGCUUCGGUUGUCUGGUCUCCUUCUAGUGAAGAGCUUAGCAGCGUCAUUGAGUCUGUCCAGAAGAGCUUCGUGUUGUAUGCUCUUAGACGUACCGUCAGACGGAAUCUGAAUUAUGAGCUUCCCCCGUAUGAUGAACGGCGUAAGGUUUUGAGACUUGAACGGCUAUCCAUUAGAAGGAAGCAUCUUCGCGUUUUCUUUUUAUAUGACGUGCUUGAAGGCAGAGUCAAUGCUCCAAGGCUGACGGAAAUUUUCCGGUCGCAUCUGUAUGUGCCUGAACACUCGUACGGUAUGCGUCGAUUCGAUGUCUUUCGCUUGCCUUGUCAUAGGACGUCGUACGGUCACAAUGAACCAGUCGCAGCAACUUGCAGAGAAUUUGAAAAAUUUAUCGAUGUGUAUAGAACGAGUAACUCUCGUGAGAUUUUUCGUUACAGGGUGAAAUCUUCAACACUUUGA